GCAGGCUGCGCUGGAGUGGUGAUGGCAUGCUACUCUGCAGCUGGCUUCACGUGGGGUGCUACGUUUAGUGCAUCAGCUCCAGCCAGCAUCCUGUUGUGCAAUGCUGCUUUUGGGAAGUGCCAGGCUGCGUGUGCGGUUGUGUUGUUGGGACCCACGCCUUAG